UUUAAAAUCAUGGAACAAAGCUCAGAUUUAACCAAGUCAGAUCUGUGGAGAGGGUCUGCUGCACUUUCAAGGUAUUCUUGGGCAUAUUUCUUUUUUUGUCAACAAUAAAAAACAACUGUUUAAUGCCAUUCUGUGGAACAUUAUAGGCAAAGCAAUAGCAUCACAAUCGAGAAAAAACAGAUUGCAGACCACCUACCAGAAAAGUUACAUGUAGUGAGAGCCUAUGCACCGUAUUCUAUCAAAUUAUAUUUAUAAAGUGAAGUGGUUAUAUAGAAUAAGACUACUAGUAACAAUCAUACAUGUAAGCAAUUAAUCAUACAUGAAAGUAAGAAUAGCUUGAAUUUACGGUAAGUACUUGAUCUGAGUACAGCAAACAAUCAGCUGAUUCAUCUUUCAGUUUCAUUUCCACUUUUAGACGUAGGUUUCUAUGUGACACCCUCCCUGAUCUAUAAUAGCCCUGGAGGAAAUAAAUGUAGCAUGGGUUACUGCGUUUGACAGAUUAGGGAGUUUAUCACGAAGUGUACUCAAUACUUUGACCCUAAACCACGACUAAGAACUGGCUGACCCGUGUCUUUUUUGUCCACUAGAUGUCACAAGUGACACAGCCAUUGUUAUUAUCAGCAUUUGUGUCAUUUUGCUGAUCUUUGCUGGUAUUCUUUUUCUUUUAAAAAGGUUAAAUCAUCUACCAAGCUGUAAACAAAAUGUGAUAUGAAAUGACUAUAAUCACAAUCAUGUCCACGUCAAAGAUGAGCACUGUAUUUACUUUUGAGAAAGUGUUAAGGAAAGUGAUUAAUAAUAUGAUUUCGGGAAUUAACAGUCUGUAAAUUCCAGUUCGUUAACAGUCUAUGUAGUUUUGGUGUUUGUUUGUUUGUUUGUUUGUUUGUUUGUUUGUUAUUUAAUCUAAUUCCCCAUAUUCCCAAGCACUCUUUGGCACUUUAACUAAUGUAUGUAUUUUUAAAAAGCUAUAUAUCUAGAUGUAUUUAUUAAUAUAUAAGAUUUAAGCAACUAAACAUUGUUGUGUGAAUUUAUUUCCUUUAAUGUCAGUGGCAUUCAAACAAAGAAUUUCCAACAAUUCACAAUUAUCUGAGAAGAAUAUAAUUAGACCAGUGCUUCUCAAUUAUUUUCUGUCAUGCCCCCCCUAGGACGAAUAAAACAUCUCGCGCCCCCCGCGUGACUAUAGAUAGUAUCAUUUGUCUAUAAAAUUGUUAUAAGUACACCUCUGCGUAACACUGCCACCUUAUAUGACGCCAACAAUGCUCGCUGGUUUACUGAAGUAGCAGUCACAAGCGGGAUGAUUGUCGGCAAUAUUCGGCACGUUUUCGCUGAAAAAUCUCAAGCGGCUUAUCAGAGUGAUUGGGGUGUAAUGUAUUUAAGUGACGCCUUAAUUUAUUGGGCUUCAUGCUGUCCGCUGCCAACAUUUUUAGACACAGUAACACACCGGUCUUUCCUCGUCUCCCACCGUAGUCACAGUGAAGCCAAGCGCUACAUACGCUUCGUCAUAUUUCCUCGUCUUAGCUUUCGGGAGAUUUUUGUUUGUCUCUUUAUCUCCGUCUCUCUCCACCUGUCUUCUCAUCCCUGUUAAAUAUUUUUUCAUGGUGUCACUUGAGCGUCUGCUACGCUUCGUGUCUACACUUCAUACUCAAACUCUGUGCUGUGUGCAAAGCGCGCAUGCUCAGUGCAAACAAAACUCCUACACCACCGAGCGAAUGCUCCCUGCGCACACUCUGCCAAUGAGAGCGCUCUGCCCCCUAAUGUAGUGGAAGUGCAAUUGCACUUUAUUCUAAAGGCCCGUUCAGACCAAAGCGUCAAAGCGUCCACUUUCUAUGUAAAGUCUAUGUGGACGCGCGACUAGAGCGUCCUGCGUUUUUGCGGCGCGUUUUCGGCGUCAGCGCGGCGCGAAUCUGGCGUCAGCGCGGCGCGUCUUGAGCGUUUUGGCGUCAGCGGCCAAGACGCGCGUCCAAGGCGUCAGCGUCAAGAAGUUGAAAAUGCUGAACUUUUCGCGUCAGACGCGCCGCGUCAACCAAUCAGGGACGAGUAUCCAGUGACGCAGCGACGUUAUUAUCAGGAAGAAAGACCCGAGAACCAGAACGAGAACCACAAACACGAGCGGAGAAUAAAUAUAUACGCCACAAUCACCGAGCCGAGGACUACACCAGGACCGGACCAGGACCAAACCAGGACUAGACCGGGACUAAACAAGGACUAGACCGAGACUAGACCGAGACUAGACCGAGACUAAACAAGGACUAGACCGGGACUAGACCGUGAUUAGACCAGGACUAGACCGGGACUAGACCGUGAUUAGACCAGGACCAGACCGGUAUUAGACCAGGACUAGACCGGGACUGAUCCAGUGUCAUUAGCGGAGUAUAAAUAUAUAUACGCCCCAGUCGUCGACCCGAUCUCCUCCGUUGAUGUUUUAUGUCAUAAAAACACUCUCUCAGUCUGGUCUGACAUUGUUUCGGGAAAAGACCGGGACCGGGCUCUUGUUUCCAGGGCAACGGACGCGCGUCAAGUAUUUUUGUCCCGUUCGUCCACGGCGUCAAAGACGCGCGUCGGGGGCGUCUAAACUCAAAUGCAAAGGCUCCAAAUAGAGGCGUCAAGGCGUUUUUUGACGCUUUGGUGUGAACGGCCCUUAAGACAGUAAAAAAAAAUCUAAAUAAAAAAUAAAAAAGCAUGUUCCCCGAGGUCAAACGCGCCCCCCUUGACGGAGCCUCGCGCCCCCCCCAGGGGGGGCGCGCCUAUUUGAGAAGCACUGAAUUAGACCAACAUGAAAACGCUCAAUGGGAAGGUGGGGCGUUUAACCGUUUGGUCAUGGCGCCCUCUGGUGGGUAGAACUCCGAGCUUUUUGUCGUCCUGCCACCAGUGCACAUUACUUUCACUUUCACGGCCCAUGUGGACAAGGCGGGAUCUCCAUAUUCAAAAUUCAGCGGGACAGUAUUUAUUAAAAACAGGCGCAAACAUGGAUUUAAUCGUUUGCGCAUCGGGCUUCGUUGUUCUUUUAAUGACUGCUGUUUUUCUAGAAGGUUUAAAGAUAGACAUCAAAGCCCAUGUGGAUGUAGUAGUAAAGGCUGGAGAGGAGGCCCGUUUCCAGUGUCCUCUCCCAUUCUCCUCAGACGUGCUGCAGGUCAUGUGGCAGAAGAUUCUGCCUGAAGAGGCGGUCACUGUGGCCACCUGCCUCUUAUCCCAACACAAACACCACCCUAAAUUCUCCCACAGGUUCAGGCUCACAGGAGCAGGGCUCAAGAACUGCUCUUUAGUGGUCCAAAAUGUGACAGAGCAGGACGAGGGCUGUUACCUCUGUCUGUUUAUCACCUCCUCUGAUGUGGCCAACACAGGCAGAACUUGCCUUCAGAUGUAUGAGCUAUAUGGGCCCACCCUGAAUGUGACCUCGUUGAAUUCCACAGGGGAGCAGGUGGUGUCCUGCUCGGCCACUGGACGUCCUGCUCCGAAAAUCACCUUACAUGUCCCACAGAGACACAUGACACACAACAGCUCAGUGACAAACUCUAAUGGUACAGUGACAGUUGUCUCCACUGCUGUGAUAUCACACAGAGACACACACAUCACCUGCUCUGGAACAUCACCAUUUGAGGUGAAGCAAGUCAAUACAACUGUCCCAGAUAUUAAACUAAUGCGAAACACUGCCUCAGGACCAAGUGCUAUGGAUCCUUACUUGGCCCCGUGUAUAUUUCUGAGCUGCGGAUCUGUGGUGGUGGGUAUUGUUGCUGCUGUGCUGUUGGUCAAGAAGAACCAUAACAAGGAGAGAUUUGUUACAUUUCACAGUGUCCAGAGAGAGCACAAGAACAUGGAAAAUGGAAAUGGAAUAACACCACUUAAGAAUAACAUAAAGGAGGAAAAUAGCUCUUUACGUAACCGCACCCCAGUGAAAAAUGAGAGUUCUGCAAAAAAGUCAUCAAGAAAACUUGUUUUGUGAAACUUUAGAGGGGAACACAAGCAGUACCAACAGUGUGCAUUGGUUUGUAAUUUAGACCAAAACCAAUCUCAGGUCAGGCACUUACCUGCUGAUCUGCAUGGGUUAAAUGCUUCCGUAACAGAUGGAUCCACUUUCUGUUUACUUACCAAUCAACCUGUCAAUUAAGCCGACCAAGAAGUAAUGAACUGUUCGAUAGGCUCUCUCCUCUCAGUGAGCGGGAUUGCCACAUGAACAAUUGAUGAGAUAUGGCGCCUGACAAAAACAAAGUAAAAAUAUAAUUAUGCAUAUACUGUGAAAGAUCUUUGAAACACUCAGUUCUAGACAAAAACAAUUCAAGGUUAGCGUGACAACAUUCAUUACCAUAAAUAGUACAUAUUUCUGGCGGAAUUGUGGUAUUUUUUUGCUUAAAUUCUUUACUUUGAAUAUUUUUAUAAAACCUUUUGAAAAUAGUUUUAUCACUUGUUUUGGUUUUAAUCCUUUUUGUAACUACUUUUUUAGAAUUUUGUAACAAAUUUUUAUAGUUUUUGUAACAUACUGCUUGAGAAAUGAAGCUGUAAAUUAAUUAAAAAACGUAAAAUAA